AUGCAGGACUCGGACCUGGAGAUUCUGCGCAACGAGGCCAACGCAUCGCCCGACCGCUUCACGCAAUGGGACCCCAACCGCCAGUUUCGCCGCGAGUACUAUGAGCGCCACGGCCGCGACCCCACGUACGACGAGAUUGUGCGCAAUGCAGAGGCGAACGGGCGGUCGGUGCUUGAGGAGCCUGCGCACCAUGCCACGGCCACCUACACGGAGCCCCUCGCCUCGCCCAUGAGCGCCAGAGUCGAGGAGGAGGAAGAGGCGCCUCUGUCACGCCAGACCACGUCGUCGUCGGCCUCGACCUCUAGCUCGACCAGCUCGCGCUCGACGGCCCGGGGCGCGCGCCUCGAGGAGAUCCGCACCGCGCGCACCAACAACACCAACACCAACACGCAGACGCGCCCGCGCGGCUACACCGACUCGACGCAGCACUCCAGCGGCACCGUCCUGCAGCGCCACCCCACCGAGCGCCACCCCGUCGCAAUCACCCGCAUUGAGACGCACCGCAGCCAGCACGCCGGCACCGUCGGCGCCUCCCACGUCCCCUCGCGCCUCGAGCGCACCCUCACCCGCCGCCGCACCGAAAAGCCGCUGCCCACGCUCGGCGCCGGCAAGCCCUUCCCCCCGCUGCUGCCCGACCGCGAGGAGUAUGUCGUCGAGUUCGACGGCCACGACGACCCCCUGCACCCCCAGAACUGGCCCAUGAACAAGAAGCUCACCAUGGCCGUCAUGCUGGCCUUUGACGCCCUGAGCGCCAGCAUGGGCUCCUCCAUCUUCUCCAGCGCCACCAUGCCCGUCGCUGCUCAGUUCGGCGUGGGCCGUGAGGUCGGCACCCUGGGUACCAGCCUCUUCGUCUUUGGCUAUGCCUUUGGUCCGUUGAUGUGGGCGCCCAUCUCCGAACUCUACGGCCGUCGUCCGCCGCUCGUCAUCGCUGCCUUUGGCUUCUCCAUCUUCACCAUCGCCGUCGCUGUCGCAAAGGACAUCCAGACCAUCAUGAUCUGUCGCUUCUUCGCCGGCCUGUGCGGCUCCUCGCCCCUCGCCAUCGUCGCCGCCGUCUUCGCCGACAUGUUCAACAAUGAGCUGCGUGGUCUUGCCGUCGCUGUAUUCUCCGCUACUGUAUUUAUGGGGCCGUUGAUGGCGCCGUUUAUUAGUGGAUUCAUCACAGAAAGCUACCUCGGCUGGCGGUGGACCAUGUACAUCAGUUCUUUCAUGGGCUUCCUCACCUUUGGCCUCCUGCUGUUCUUCCUCGAGGAGACCUACCCCCCAGUCGUCCUGAUCAACAAGGCCUCGGAGCUGCGCCGCAGAACCAAGAACUGGGGCAUCCACGCCAAGCAGGAGGAGAUUGAGGUCGACUUCAAAGAGCUGAUUGUCAAGAACGUCAGCAGGCCUAUGCGCAUCUUGUUUACUGAGCCCAUUGUGCUGCUCAUCACCAUCUACAUGAGCUUCAUUUACGGAUUGUUAUAUUUGUUCCUCACGGCUUACGCCCUCGUCUUCCAGGGUGUCUACGGCUGGUCGUCUGGCGUCUCGGGCCUCGCCUACUUCGGCAUGAUCACCGGCGAGCUCAUUGCCUUUUUUGUUGUCGUCUUGACCAACCCGCGCUACGUUAAAAAGCUCAAGGCCAACAACAACAUUCCCGUGCCUGAAUGGCGCCUGCCUAUCUCCAUGGUCGGCGGCGUACUCUUCUCUGGCGGUCUGUUCUGGUUUGGCUGGACGGGCUAUUCGGGCAACGUGCCUUGGAUCGUGCCUGUCCUGUCCGGUCUUUUCACCGGCUUUGGCAUCUUUACCAUCUUCCUCUCGCUGCUCAACUACAUUGUCGACGCGUACCUCAUGUUCGCCGCCUCCGCCAUCGCCGCAAACACCUUUAUGCGCUCCAUCUUCGGCGGCAUCUUCCCGCUCUUCGCCACUCAGAUGUUCCAGGGCAUGGGCAUCCAGUGGGCCAGCACGCUGAUUGGAUGCGUUGCUGCUGUGCUCGCUCCUAUGCCCGUCUUCUUCUACCUCUAUGGCAAGAAGAUCAGGGCCAAGAGCAAGUUCGCACCUGCCCCGGAUAUCGCGCACGACAAGCAGAGAGACGAGGAGAGCGCAGGGAGCGAGGAGAGCAGCGUCGCUGGCAACACGACGUCGAGAGAGAGAGAGGCGGAGACGGAGAGGGAUAAGGAGGAGUAG